CUCGAACGCGUCGCACCCCAGUCGCUCGUUCCAACCCCGAACAUCGACUCGCUCCGUCGCGACAUCGUUUCGACGAGCGGAUCCUAGGCAGAUCGAGUCGAGGAAGAAGGAACAGAGUGCACGAACGUGACAGCAACCGGUGAGAAAGGUUUACCGAUUAAUUUCCCGAGCAUGGAAGAGGGUAGGCGCCAGUGGAUCGGACGGCAAACGAGGAAAUGCACUUAUUGGCCAGCGUCUGCGUACUCAUAUUGAUCCGUGACGGUGGCUGUGUAGUAUCUACGGAUGUCUACGGGUGGGACACCUGAAACCUAUCCAAAAAUGCAUUUUUGUUUGCGUUUCGCGCGUUUUCUCCUCAUUUCCGCGAUUCUUUGCGUCGGUCGCUGCUCCGAAGAUGAGGAGAGGUUGGUGCGAGAUCUGUUCAGGGGGUACAACAAACUCAUCAGACCCGUGCAGAACAUGACGGAGAAGGUGGACGUGAAUUUUGGUCUCGCUUUCGUGCAGCUAAUUAACGUGAACGAGAAGAACCAAAUUAUGAAGUCGAACGUGUGGUUGAGAUUCACUUGGACGGAUUAUCAACUGCAAUGGGACGCAGCUGACUAUGGAGGUAUCGGAGUUCUCAGGUUACCACCCGACAAAGUGUGGAAGCCAGACAUUGUACUGUUCAAUAACGCCGAUGGCAACUACGAGGUGCGUUACAAGAGCAACGUCCUGAUCUACCCCAACGGUGACGUCCUCUGGGUUCCUCCGGCUAUUUACCAGAGUUCCUGCACCAUCGACGUAACGUAUUUCCCAUUCGACCAGCAGACCUGCAUCAUGAAGUUUGGAUCCUGGACCUUCAACGGCGACCAAGUCUCGCUAGCCUUGUACAAUAACAAAAAUUUUGUGGACUUGUCUGAUUACUGGAAAAGCGGAACCUGGGACAUCAUCAGCGUGCCAGCCUAUCUGAAUACCUAUCACGCGAUCCCAACGGAAACGGACAUUACCUUCUACAUCAUCAUCAGACGCAAGACUCUGUUCUACACGGUGAACCUGAUCCUUCCUACUGUUUUGAUCUCUUUCCUCUGCGUAUUGGUGUUCUAUCUGCCAGCAGAGGCUGGCGAGAAGGUGACGCUGGGAAUCAGUAUCCUGCUUUCACUGGUCGUGUUCCUGUUGCUGGUCAGUAAGAUUCUGCCACCGACGUCUCUGGUGCUUCCACUGAUCGCCAAGUACCUCCUGUUCACCUUCAUCAUGAACACGGUCAGCAUCCUGGUCACCGUGAUCAUCAUCAAUUGGAACUUCCGUGGGCCCAGGACGCACAGGAUGCCUCAGCUGAUCAGGAAAAUAUUCUUGAAGUACCUGCCAGCGAUCCUGUUCAUGAAGAGACCGAAGAAGACACGUCUUAGGUGGAUGAUGGAGAUCCCAAACGUCACGUUGCCGACUUCUACCUAUUCAGGAAGCCCGACCGAGUUACCCAAACACCUGCCAUCCUCGUUGACCAAGUCAAAGAUGGAGGUGAUGGAGCUGUCCGAUCUUCAUCAUCCGAAUUGCAAGAUCAACAGGAAGGUACAUCACACCACUAGCACUUCCAGUGCCACUGGUGGCGAUGGAUUGGCUGACAGAAGGGGAUCCGAAAGCUCUGACUCCGUGUUGCUUAGCCCCGAAGCUAGCAAGGCUACGGAAGCUGUCGAGUUCAUCGCUGAACACUUGAGAAACGAAGAUUUGUACAUACAGACAAGAGAAGAUUGGAAGUACGUGGCGAUGGUGAUCGAUCGACUGCAGCUUUACAUUUUCUUCCUCGUGACAUCCGCGGGUACCAUCGGGAUCCUGAUGGACGCGCCUCACAUUUUCGAGUACGUGGACCAGGACCGUAUCAUAGAGAUCUACCGUGGAAAAUAAUUGGAAAUACAAAAAGGCGUGCUAUCGUUGCGCUUAUUUCUUUUUCACUCGCGUCUCUCG